AGCACUUCCUAUCCAAUCUCGGACUCGGAGGCUUGGUUUGCUGCAAAGGGCCAAAAAGUUUUUGGAAGCUACGUAUUUGUAUAUACAAGCUGGGGUUUUUAAUCUCUAAGUGAGAAAGAUGGUUUUACCAGAAGAAGAGAUCACAAGGCUUUACAGAGUUCGAAGAACUGUGAUGCAAAUGCUGAGAGAUCGGAAAUACUUAGUUGGCGAUUUUGAGAUCAACAUGACAAGAGAACAGUUCAAGGCCAAAUAUGGAGAGAACAUGAAAAGGGAAGACCUUACUAUCAAUAAGACAAAACGAAAUGACAGCACCGAUCAGCUUUACGUCUUCUUUCCUGAAGAGCCAAAGGUUGGGGUCAAGACCAUAAAAACUUACACCAACCGCAUGAAAUCGGAGAAUGUUUCCAGAGCAAUCUUGGUUACUCAACAAAAUAUGACUCCCAUGGCAAGGACCUGUAUAAGCGAAAUAUCGUCAAAAUUCCACAUGGAGGUUUUUCAGGAGCCAGAGUUGAUGGUGAAUGUUACAGAACAUGUUCUAGUUCCUGAGCAUCAGCUGCUUACGAAUGAGGAAAAGAAGACCUUACUGGAGAGGUAUACUGUGAAAGAGACACAGCUUCCUCGUAUUCAGUUGACUGAUCCAGUUGCAAAAUAUUACGGGCUUAAGCGUGGACAAGUUAUGAAGAUAAUCCGGCCAAGUGAGACUGCAGGACGAUACAUCACCUACCGUUAUGUUGUGUAAUGCACUUACUUUCAUUGUUGGUUGACACCUGACCUGCUAGUGCUCUGUUUAUAAAUACUUGUGGCUGGAUGAGAAAGAGCUCACAAGUGAAGCAGUCUUUGCAAUUAG